AUGGGGGAUGAAAAAGAAAAUUGGAAGGUAAAAACACUGGAUGAGAUAUUGCAAGAAAAAAAGAGGCGGAAAGAACAAGAAGAGAAAGCAGAUUCUAAACAUAGAAAUGCUGAUGAUCGAGAUUCCAAGAGAGAUUCCUUGGAAGAAGGAGAGCUGAGAGAUCACAGGAUGGAGAUCACUAUUCGAAAUUCACCUUACAGACGAGAGGACUCAAUGGAAGACAGAGGUGAGGAAGAUGAUUCACUCGCUAUUAAACCACCACAACAAGUUUCCCGGAAAGAAAAAUCCCACCACAGAAAAGAUGAGAAGAGAAAAGAGAAACGCCGACACCGCAGCCACUCUGCUGAAGGAGCUGGAGGUAAAUAUGGUCGGGUGAAGGAAAAGGACAGAGAGCAUGAGAGGAGGAAAAGACACAGAGAGGAACAAGAUAAAGUACGCCGUGAGCGGGAGAGACAGAAGAGAAGAGAGCUGGCUAGAGAGCAUUCCAGAAGAGAAAGGGAUCGAUUGGAACAACUGGAACGGAAUAGAGAACGUGAAAGGAAAAUAAGAGAACAACAGAAAGAACAGAGAGAGGCAAAAGAGAGAGAGAGGAGAGCAGAGGAGAGACGUAAAGAGCGGGAGGCAAGGAGAGAAGGGCCGGAAGGAUCUGCGCUUCCUCAGCGCAGGAAGCCAGGGCUCUUGCAAGAGGCUGAGAAAAUGCAGUACGAUGUACACUAUACAGAUUCAAGAAUAACUGUAGAGUUUAGCACUCAAACAGCAGCUCAUCAUAGAACUGCCAGGGAAGAGCAUGGCGACAAAUCUAAAAGCAGCUACCGCAGUCGUAGCCCCUUGCGUCAGCAACGUGAAAAACUAGAAGCAGCAGAUGGAAGGAAGCAAAUCAAAGAGGAUAGACCAGAUGUGAGGGAUCUUUUGUCUGACUUACAAGAUAUCAGUGACAGCGAGAGGAAGACCAGUUCUGCGGAAUCCUCUUCAGGAGGCUCUGCUUCAGGGUCUGAGGAAGAAGAGGAAACCAGCUCUGAGGAGUCCGAGGAAGGAGAAGAGGAAGAGGAGGAGGAGGAAGAAGAGGAGGAGGAGGAGGAAGAGGAGGAAACUGGAAGUAACUCAGAAGCAGCCUCAGAGCACAGUGCAGCACAUUCUCCCAAAAGGAUUUUGGCUUCCUCAGAAGAGGUCAGUGAAGAGGAGAUGACUGAUGAUGAUGAAAGGGAGAAUGGAAAUCAUGUACCUCUUGUACCAGAGUCUAGGUUUGACCAUGACUCUGCUGGGAGUGAAGAGGAUGAGGAGGAAGAUGAUGUCAAGGAUGCAAGUCCUCAUUCCAAUGCCCACACAGAUGGUGACUAUGUCCCUGAUUCUCCUGUUAUGUCACCUGUGGAGCUGAAGCAAGAGCUGCCUAAAUAUCUUCCAGCAUUACAGGGCUGCCGCAGUGUAGAGGAAUUCCAGUGCUUAAAUCGUAUUGAAGAGGGGACUUAUGGUGUUGUGUACAGGGCAAAGGACAAGAAAACCGAUGAAAUUGUGGCUCUCAAGAGAUUGAAAAUGGAAAAAGAGAAAGAGGGGUUCCCGAUAACAUCACUCCGUGAAAUCAACACUAUAUUAAAAGCCCAGCACGAGAACAUUGUUCGAGUCAGGGAAAUUGUUGUCGGGAGCAACAUGGACAAAAUUUAUAUUGUAAUGAACUAUGUGGAACAUGAUUUGAAGAGUCUCAUGGAGACCAUGAAACAACCCUUUCUACCAGGUGAGGUGAAAACGCUAAUGAUUCAGCUGUUACGAGGAGUUCGCCAUCUGCAUGAUAACUGGAUUCUUCAUAGGGAUCUAAAGACCUCCAAUUUGCUGCUCAGUCAUGCUGGUAUAUUAAAGGUUGGGGACUUUGGUUUGGCCCGUGAGUAUGGUUCUCCACUUAAACCUUACACACCCAUUGUAGUGACUCUGUGGUACCGAGCCCCGGAGCUUUUACUUGGAACUAAGGAGUACUCUACAGCCAUAGAUAUGUGGUCAGUGGGAUGUAUUUUUGGGGAGCUGCUGACCCAGAAACCGCUCUUCCCAGGAAAAUCUGAGAUUGACCAAAUUAAUAGAAUAUUUAAGGAUCUGGGGACACCUAGUGAAAAGAUCUGGCCAGGUUACAAUGAACUCCCUGCAGUCAAGAAAAUGACCUUUGCAGAUUACCCAUACAACAACCUACGGAAGAGGUUUGGAGCUCUCCUCUCCGACCAAGGAUUUGACCUCAUGAACAAGUUCCUGACUUACUGCCCGGCCAAGAGAAUUAAUGCAGAAGAUGGGCUCAAGCAUGAAUAUUUCCGGGAAACUCCCCUGCCAAUCGAUCCCUCUGUGUUCCCAACAUGGCCAGCAAAGAGCGAACAGCAGAGGGUGAAACGUGGCACAAGUCCUCGUCCUCCAGAAGGCGGUCUGGGCUACAGCCAAUUGGGUGAUGAUGAUCUCAAAGACACCGGCUUUCACUUGACCACCACCAACCAGGGAGCAUCAGCUGCUGGGCCCGGCUUCAGCCUCAAGUUUUGA